AGAGUCAUGUGACAAGCACUAUUUGCUGAAAGACGGCGGUCGACGCCUCCUUCAGCGACAACGGAAGAGUCGAACCUCGUUAAAGCGAAUCGAGAGGUGACCUUCGUGCGUUGGAAUCUGUCGAGAUCUGCCAUGGCUCAGAGUUCGCCGCCGCCGCCAUUUGAUCCCUACCGACCCCCGGUUAUUGAAGGCUUUACUCCGACUUCUCGGGGGAGUGCCGAAUCCUUUGAAAGCAAGUUCAUGCGCAAGUUCCGCGAGAAUCCAUUUGUGCCCCUCGGCUGCCUUGCUACAGCUGGAAUUUUGACUUUUGGACUCAUCUGCUUCAUAAAUAAUAAACCCAGGCAAUCCCAGAUGAUGAUGAGGGCCCGUGUUUUAGCCCAGGGCUUAACUGUUGCAUCCCUAAUAGUGGGCAUGGCUGUUACAAACCUGAAGUCAUCUAAGUGAACAAGCUGCUACUGUACAAUAAUAUGAAAAUAUUGCCCACUAACCGGGGUAAGAACAAGCCCGCCUGCCUGUCAGCACACCACAUUUUGCAGAAUGAUAUUUUAGUGCUACUUUGGAAAUGACUUUUCUGGUACCAAGGAAGGCCCAGUUUUGUUUAAUAACACUGUUAAUAUAUCCCAUCAAUUCAAAUUUGCCACUGAUGUAUAACAUUGUGUAUCAUAGCCAUGUUUUAAGCCUGUCUUUCUGAUAAAGCCAGUAAGAUUACCUGAUGUAAAUGAAGCAGAUUGGAUGGAGGGUCUUUAUUAUCUAUUAGGCUGUUAUGUGAUUAAAAGUACAUUGAAAAUAACACAUUUAUUAAGGAGAUUGGGUAUGAUGAACCACGUUAUGGUUCAUAAAGUUAAAGAAUCAUAAAGUUUCUAUUCUUGAUGUUUUUUUCCUGAAAUUUUGUCACUGUCAAGGGUGGACAGAAGUCAGGAGAAAUCUAACUGUGAUGUAUUAAAAACCUUUAUGUUAAGAUCUA